AUGUCGUGGACAACACUACCGCCCGGCCCAGGAAGUCCAGGCGAGAGCUGGACUGCACAUCCCGAGGCCUUCACCGACGGCCCAGCAUACGCCGAGCCCCUUCACGCCAAUCCGACCAAAUACGUCGAGGAUCACACCCAUUCUGAAGACUCCGGCUCCGAGCUGUGCGAGUACAUCCGCGCAUGUGCGCGGCAAGAACCCCGCGUAUCCCUCCGCAUCAGCGGGGAUAAUGGCCGCGCCUUUGACUUUACCAUUGACCUCGCGCCGGUCCUCGCUCAAGGAGGCAGGAACAUUCGCCUCUUCUCCCGCCCCACCGCCGCAUAUCGUACCGCACACGCAUUACGCGAUACAAUAUCCGGCCUCAGCCGAGAUAUAGCACAAGCUUGGGCAGCAUGGUGGCGUGUCCUCCUCCCCGAGUGGCAGACACGACAGCGGCGGCACUCCAACAUCUACCCACCCUGGUCAGAAGGACCAUGGAAGGAUCAGGUCCAAGGGGAGGAGGAACGGCUCCUCCGUCGCGAGCUGCGUGGAUGGUGCGACGCAUAUUCUGCCGACAAGGGCGUAGUCAAGUGCUUCACACUCAAGAAGGAGGUUUGGGGGUGGGACGUCGACCUUCUCCGCCGGACGUUGCAGCACCGUAUUUGGGCUAGUGGACAGCGGGCUUUCGUCGACGUUGAGAUCGAGUGUGGCGAGGACGACGUCACUGUCGAGCCAGAAAACACGGUUGUUCGCUUGAAGCAUAAUUCCUGGAUCGUGGUUUUGGGUUGGGUCACCCUGCUCUACCCGCUCCUCUGGGUGCUCCUGCACCUGUUUGGGCGGUAUGGAGCGACGUACGAUCAGGCUGUUGCAAGUUAUGCGCUCAAGCUCUACCCCGCGCUCCCUGGCACGUGUCCAAGCGAGUCCGUCGCCGAGGGCGCACAGCGUUAUGCCGCUGCAGCGGUGCGCUACGGAUUACCACCAGACGCGCGGCUUGUCAAGGGCCCGAAAGGCGUGCAUGUACUGGUCGGCGUCGAGGAGUCCGAUUGGCUGCGCGAGUGGGAAGAUCGAAUCCUGCAGUCUGUGAGAUUGCGCAUCAAGGCGCCACUCGAGGGCCAUGCUCUCGUGCUCGAGGCGCACCAAGUGCUCGAGGUGGACGAGGAGGAGGGGCCGGAGAUGUGUGAGGUGUGA